CCAUGGCUGAAUCAUGUCAAUGUAUGACAAAAACCACUACAACCCUGUAAAGUAAUUAGCCUCCAACUAAUAAAAGUAACUGGGAAAAAAAAAAAAAAAGCUAGAUUUUUAAAUUAGUUUUCUAUCACAUAGCAAAAGCAUAUUUUGCUUGGAAACACUGAAGCAAUACCGAGCGUUUAGGAUGGAAGGUCCUGUCUCCCAGCCUGGCUGUCUCAGCCCCAGCCCCACGUUGGCCCUUCCCUGUGUUCUUCUGGCGUUUUCUCUGUCUGUCCCCGAGAGCCACAUCGCACCUCCGAAUCUGCAUCUUCGUAAGCACAAGUGGGCCCAGAGUCUGUUUUAAAGAGCCCCACACACCUCCCAUUUUCUUUCCAGUUGCCUCCCGGGCUGUACCCUCAAAGGACGUGAGCAGCUCUAAGUGGUACGGCCAUCGGAGCCAGCCCGAGCCCUGUGGCGCUGCAGGUGGAGCCCCAGGUUUACCAGAGCAGCCGGUCAGACCCAGUGUGAGGAGCCAGCUCUGCCGCUCGGCCUCCCUGGAAAGUGUGGAGAGUCUCAAGUCUGAUGAAGAAGCCGACAGCACGAAGGAGCCUCAGAAUGAAUUCUCUGAAGUCCAAGGGAGCAGGUGGAGCAGAUGGCCAGGGAGCGAGCUAAGGCGAGACAAGACCUGGAGAAAGCUGAGCAGAGGAACCUGGAGUUUGUGAAAGAGACGGACGAUCUCCACUCCGCCCUGGAGCGUCUCACGGAGGAGAAGGUCAGGACUGCCCUCCACUUGGCCUGUGCCAAUGGCCAUCCUGCGGUGGUGGCUCUCCUCCUGAAGAGAAAAUGCCUGCUUAACCUCUGUGACAAUGAAAACAAGACCGCGCUGAUGAAGGCCGUAGAAUGCCAAGAGGAGGACUGCGCGGCCCUCCUGCUGCAGCACGGCGCCGACCCAAAUGUCAUGGACGCCUGUGGCAACACCGCGCUACACUACGCUGUCUUUUGCCAGAGUUUAUCACUCGCAGCAAAGCUGCUUUUCUACAACGCCCAUAUAGAAGCCAGGAACAAGGAUGGCCUCACACCAGUGUUACUUGCUGUACAUGAAAGGAGAGGAGAAAUGGUGGAGUUUUUAGUAGACAAAGAAGCAAGUGUACAUGCGGUUGACAAGAUGAAAAGAACAGCCCUCAUGCUUGCUAUCAAGCAGGAAUCACCAGAAAUAGUCAGAUUUCUUCUUCAGCAAGAUGUUGACAUCGUUGCUCAAGAUGUUUUUGGAUGGACCGCAGAAGAAUAUGCUGCUGUUAGUGAUUUUAAUAUCUUUCGCCAACUGAUUUCUGAGUAUAAAGAAAAGAGACCUAAAACUUCUCCUGAAAAGAGCAACCCAGCGGAUGAGUGUUCUGAAGAGGACUCUUCAAGGAGGUUUCCCAACGAACCUGGCAUUGAUUUAGGGCCUACAUCAAACAAUGCAGUCUUAGAUUUUAAAACCAAGUAUGUCGUGAAACCAAAGUUAACAAAGCUCAUGAAGCCUUCUCAGCAGUCCAGCAGAAACAAAGCAAAGUGUGGCAUUUUGAGACCAGAGAGUACCACUUUCUCUGAGGACAGUAAUUCUGAUAGUAACAUUGAAGAUGUGGUUGAAACAUUUCCCAAACCGUCACCCUGGUUUGAGGGCAUCUGUCAGCCUGCCUUCCCAUCACCUGAGCCUGUUCCAAAAUUUCUCAAGUCUGUAGCAGGCCUUGGUCCUACAAAGGUUUCUGAUAGUGGUAGAAAAGCUAAAGGUCUGUUGCGCAAAAGCCACAUGCAGGAUGAUAUUGCCAUGCAGGAGAAAGAAAAGAAAUGUUUUGAGGAUCCUGAAAUUGUAAAAGGAGAGAAUGACUAUCCUCAAAAGGCAAUCAAAUUGAACAAGGAAACGUUGACAAAGACCAUAUUCCGGCAUACUGGCCAGCUUAACGUUCCGGUAGCUGAAAAUACAAUGCUAAACCCUGAGCUGGAGAACGUGAAACGAAGCAAAGAAAGACUGGAAACAGAAGUGGAAUCCUGCCACUCUAGACUGGCUGCUUCCAUACACAAUCAUGAUCAAGGUCAGACAUCACAAAGAAACCUGUCACUUGCCUCCCAGAAAGCAAAAGACAAGACGUUACGCUUGCAGGACCCAAUGAAGUUCGAUAUGGCUAAGCUGAAAAGUGACAAUGAGAUGCUUUCCCAGCGACUUUCUAAAGUGGAAAAUAAAUUCAACAAGCUAAAAAUCAAGCUGCAUCAGACGAGAGAUGAUCUCAGAGAAAAGACUUUGAUGUUAGAACGUGUCCAGAGAGACUUACGCCAAGCAGAGUGUCAAAAGCAGGAUAUUGGACACAUGGAUCAGAACGAACAAGGCAAAGUGAAGGAAUACCUUGGAAAGCAGGAAUCCUUAGAGGAGAGGUUAUCUCAACUCCAGAGUGAAAACAUGUUGCUCCGACAGCAGCUGGAUAAUGCACAAAAUAGAGCCGACAGUAAAGAGAAGACAGUCAUUAGCAUCCAAGACCAGUGUCAGCAGAUCGUGGAAAGUCUUCAUGCUGAACAUGAGAAGAAACAAGGUCUGAUGCUGGAGGAAAGAAGCAAGGAUUUAAUCAACACGUGGAAUCAUUUAGAAGAGAUAAUGUGUCAGUAUGAAAAUGAGAAAGCAGAAAGAGAAGCAGCUGUGAGACAACUUCGGCAAGAACUGGCUGAUAGCCUCAAAAAGCAGUCUGCGUUGGAGGCAUCCCUGGAGGUCAUGUCACGUUAUCAUGCCAAGUUAGAAGUUGAGGCACGGGAUUUAAAGAACAACUUACAUCAACUCACAAGUCAGUCUCAAGAAACACAGGAUCAACAUACAGAGGCCGUGAGAUGUGCUGAAAAAACACAGGAUCACAUCCAAAAGCUUGAAAUUGAAAAUGCCGAGUUACAAACUACAGUCAGAAAGCAAGCGGGCGAAAUUGAACAGCUUCAGAAAAACCUCUUAAGAUUGAUUGAUGAUCUUCCAGCAGAGCUGGAAACUGUAUGUUCACAGUGUCUGCACAUGAAUGCAAAAAUUCAAGUUCUUCGAGAGGAGUUAUUAUUCAUGCCAGGAAUGCAAAAGAAAUGUGAAAAACUAGAGAAGAACAACAAGAAGCUGGAGCAAAAAAUAGUGAACCUCAAAAGUCAUAUAGAAAUGAAUAUGACAGAACACAGUCAAGUAGAGCAGUAUAAACAGGAGAUUGAAGAAAGAGCGAGACAGGAGCUAGUAGAAAAAUUAAAAGAAGUCGACAUGGUUUUACAGAUACAAGCAGUAUCUCAAGAAAACUUAGAGCAGGAACGAGAGGAGCAUAUUGCUUCCUUAAGAAGUCAGAUGGAACUCAGAAUUAAAGAGUUGGAAUCUGAACUCUUCAAGAUGGAAACUUCUCAAGCAGAUUUGGAAAAAUAUAAGAAACUCUACCUAGAAGAACUAAAAGUUAGAAAGUCGUUGGAAAAGAAGCUAGACAAGACUAACUGGAGGCUGGCAGAGAUGAGCACUGAACUUGAGGUGGAGAAACAGCAGAACAGAUCUUUACUGAGCACUCUCACCACAAGGCCAGUCCUGGAGCCGCCCUUGGAUUGGAAAUUUCAACACUUCAGUAUGACUCUUUCUUCAAAAACAAACGUAGGACUUUCUACCUCAAUUCCAUGCCCUUCAAAUAACAGCAUGGCGACUGACUUGAUCAAGUUUAGUUCUACUAACUUUUUUUCCUUGGGUUUAGGAUUUCUGAUAUGAAUGAUUCUUAUUUUCAACUUCUGAGCUGUUUAUUUGACUUACGUGCACUAAGUAAAAGCCAUAAUUAACUGUGCUAACAAG